ACGAAACAAUAUUAUGCCCGCGACAACCCCAACCCAAAGCAAACACACGUUGAGACACAGCUCGGAAACCUUGUCUUCCCGCUACAAGAUCAUUUGUUCUCAGCUCUGAGCUUAGCCCUCUUGACUUGAUGUCGGUAUCACCAUGAAGGCCAGACUGCCCCAUGUCCUCUCCUCCCUCGUAUCGAUCCUGGCACUUUCCUGUCUCGCGACCAGCACAGAGCACACGACCGAUGAAUUCACUUUCAGUUGUGUCCCAUUGACCACGCAACUCUCAGAUCCGAUAGUUUUCCCAGGUGGAAUAUCAGAACAUGUCCAUGUGGUUGCCGGAGGGACAGCAUUCCAGAGGACAAUGGGCGUCGACACCGCCCGCAACGCCAAAGAAACGACUUGCGGCGUAGCGAUUGAUAAGAGCAAUUACUGGAUCCCACAGUUGUACAAUCAAUUGCAGAAUGGCUCGUUCCAGCUCGUGGAGUAUCAGUCGAGUGCUAUAUAUUAUCUUAACCGAGCGUGUGAGUAUGGAGUUGACGUAACGAGCUGCGAUACGUCGGAGUAUCCAUUAGCACCACCAGAGGGGCUGAGGAUGGUAGCUGGGGAUCCUGAUCUUCGAUCAUACAAUGAUUCUAAUCUGGCCCAGAAAGCCAUAUCGCAUAUGUGCAUAGAGUAUGAUGGUAGCUCCAACGAAACAAAGCAUUUCCCACGACAACCUUGCCAAACUGUGCGGUCGCAGGUCUUUAUGCCUUCCUGCUGGGAUGGUAAAAACCUCGAUAGUGCGGAUCACAAAAGCCAUAUGGCAUAUCCAGCGGUCGGCGAUUAUAACAAAGGUGUCUGUCCUGAGUCUCACCCAGUGGCGAUAUACUCAAUCUUUCUGGAAUUUUUCUUCAACACGGCUCCAAUAGGGAGUCGUCAAAGCCUAGUGUACUCCAUGGGUGACGCAACUGGGUAUGGCUUGCACGGUGACUUCAUCCAUGGCUGGACCGACCAAGCUGCCCUGCAACAAGCUAUGGACACCUGUACGGGACCCAAAGGAUUAGACGAUCCUGAUUGCUCGGUAACAAGAACCCAGAAGAGGGCCUUGACGCCCCUGUCGCAGCCUUUGGAUGCUGUGGAGCCGAAGGAUGAACUAGGACAGAGUGGACCUCUUGACAGCUUGCCCGGGGAUAAUCCUGUCAUGUGGUCGGAUGAGGCGAAGUGAUACAACGAAUAGUGCGAAAGGUUUGACCUCUCCCUCUUGACAUUGAUUGGAGAUAUUGGCGACCUGGAAAAGGAGGGACAAAGUGAAUAGACGAAUGAACAAAAAUUCCAACAAGACAAAAACCACGCUAUCAUGAUAUGUAGAUAUCCCUCAUGCUAGUGUGUAUUGAAGUGAAGUAUGGAAAAAGCAGUCCCUC